AUGAAAUGGUUUAUAAUGCUCGUCGUCAUCCCUUUGAUGGUCUAUGCUUUGGGGGAUACUGCCUAUGAUGAUGACACAAUUGAAGAUGAAGUUAUAGAACAUCACGAAUGUGCUGCGAAUGAAGUUUGGAUGGAGUGUUCGUCGUCUGAAGACGAAUGUGGCAAACCUCCAAAGGCUCGUAUUCGACCAUGCCAGCCUGGUCGCUGCCAGUGUCCAUCUCACAAAGGAUUCAAAAGGAACGAAAAGGGAGAUUGUAUCGAAUGUACAUAG